AUGACGGACGAGUCUCCAAGUCUCGAGCUAAAGCCGUUGAAUCGAGAGACCAAGAGCCUUAAGCAUAAGCAUAAAAGUAAAUGUAUCCAACAGCAACAACGUGGAAAUAAAAGUGACGCUAUCAGCUCGAGUAAAAGCAAUGCUGAGCUCAAACGAUCCCCAAUUGCAGCGUCUCCUGGACGUCAUCACAAGCGCAACACGAAAACCACUCGAGAAGACGCACUGAGAGAGCUUUUAGCUGGAAAAAUUGCAGAAAUUGAAGUGGGUGGAGAUGAAAACGUUGAUGACCUUUCGGCCAUUUAUCUGGAUAAGACACUGCCAAUUCAAUUGAAGGAAAAGGCAGAAAAUGUCAAGAAAAUGGACGAGAUGACAGCUGAGGAAAAGGUCGUGGAACUUGUCAGCAGCCUCAUUCAUGCGAGUCAACAACUGGAACUGAUGCAAAAGAAAAUUAGUGAACUCAAUGCCAAGUGUAUCUUGCUGAAGCAACGCAAGGGUACAGUGAGCACGGAGCUGGUUAAGACGACCACUUCUAAAACCAAAUUGGAGCAACUCUGUCGGGAGCUGCAAAAGCAGAACAAGCUCAUUGUGAGUGAAAGCCGUCGUAUUGCUGACGAGGAAGACCAGAAGAGACGCGACUUGUCAGCCCAAUUCCAAAAGACGAUUGAAGAAGUGAGUGCCAAGAUGGACAAACAGGGCCAAGACUACGUGGCGUCGUUGAAAGAGAAUGAAAAUCUUCAACAGAAGCUCAGGAAAUUUCUCGAACAAUACACAGCGCGCGAAGAGCAUUUUCAGCGGCAGCUAGAGGCUAAGGAUUUAACUGUUCAGCUUGUCGAAACGAAAUUGCGACAUCAGGUAGUACUAACGUCGCGAGAGGCGGAGAAGGUGAAACUCACAUUAGACAGGUCCAAGGCGUUUUCCGCCCGCGAGGUUCAGUUGCAAGCGCAGCUCGAUUCGUACUCCGAAAAGUUUGACGUGGUGCAGGAAACACUGACGAAGAGCAAUCAGAUGUUUACUACCUUUCGUGAAGAAAUGGACAAGAUGGCUAAAACAACCAAGAAGCUGGAGAAGGAAAACCUUGCGCUAAAGAAGAAGUGUGCGGAGUAUGACAGUGGUGCGAUUGCCUCAAUUCAGGGAAAGGUGACAUCUAUCGAGGAGACAAUGAUGCUGCAGGAAAAGGUUAAAAAGCUAGAGAGUCUUUGUCGUCACCUCCAAGCCGAGCUCAAAAGUACUCGACAAGCCCAACAGAUAUAA